AAAAAAAAAAAACCCCAUGGGGAGCUGGAAGUGUUGAACCAGAGAGGGCGCAGGAGAAAAUGAAAAAAAUCUGAACCCUCAUUUUCUUCGCAAAGCUUGCUGGUUUACCAAUUUGAUCAGAAUUGAUCGUUUGGAAUUAUCCGUGACAGCUUGUUGUCCUUAAUUAAUGGCAUCCCUUCUUUCAGUUCCUCUGCUUCUGGCAUUUCUGUGUGCAUCUUUCUGGAGCUGUCAAGCCGUAAGCUACAGGAAGGAGUUGAGAACUAAGCAGGUGGAACAAGAUGCCACCAUACAAUUGGGUCGUUCUAUGCAAUUCACCAGAAUUGACCCAUCACGUGUUAUACAACUCUCUUGGCGACCAAGGGUGUUCUUAUAUAGAGAUUUUCUAUUUGAUGAGGAGUGUGACCACCUUAUUUCUUUGGCACAGAAGAAGGUGGAAAGGUCUUUACCAAAUGAUAGCGAUUCAAAAGAUGCUGUAACAAGCAGUCUAAAUUCAAGUUCUGGGAUGGCCACAGAUAUUGCUUCAGAUGAUACAAUUGGAAGUAUAGAGGACAGAAUUUCCACCUGGAGUUUUCUUCCUAAAGAGAAUGGCAAGCCUCUCAAGGUUCUGCAUUAUGGUAUUGAAGAGAUCAAACAGCCUGAUGAUCACAAUGAUGAUAAAAGCAGGUUGGCAGUAGAUGAGCCUGUGAUAGCAACAGUGGUGUUGUCUCUGUCUAAUGUCACUCGAGGUGGUGAGACUAUAUUCCCCAAAUCAGAGUUCAAACACACUUAUCUGGGGGGCAGCACUUGGUCUGAUUGUGCUAAAACCAGUUUCUCUGUGAGGCCUGUGAAAGGGAAUGCAUUGCUCAUCUUCAGUCUCCACCCCAACACAACCCCUGAUGUGAGCAGCUACUAUUCCAGAUGUUCAGUCCUCCAGGGGGACCAGUGGUUAGCCACCAAAAGUUUCCACUUGAGAUCUACUGAGAAGUCUUCAUCUGAAUCGGACAGCACUGAUUGCAGUGAUGAAGAAGACAGUUGUCCCCAAUGGGCUACAAUGGGAGAAUGCCAGAGGAAUCCUGUGUACAUGAUUGGCUCUCCUGAUUAUUACGGCUCGUGUAGGAAGAGUUGUAAUGCUUGCUGACUAUAUAUUGGGACAUAAAUGUUCCUCUAACCCCAGCCUCCAAUUUGGUGUUGAUGGACGGAUUUUGAUUGGUAAAGAUUGUUGAUUCUUUGAAACUAGCAAA